AUCUCUCCUGCAGCCAGACUGUUGAUCUCCUCAUGCAAGAGUCAGGAUGUCGUUUAGAACAUCCUUCUGCCACCAAGUUCCGAAAUCAUGUCAUGGAAGGAGACUGGGAUAAGGCAGAAAAUGACCUGAAUGAAUUAAAGCCUUUAGUGCAUUCUCCUCAUGCUAUUGUGGUAAGAGGCGCACUUGAAAUCUCUCAAACGUUGUUGGGAAUAAUUGUGAGGAUGAAGUUUUUGCUGCUGCAGCAGAAGUAUUUGGAGUACCUGGAGGAUGGCAAGGUCCUGGAGGCACUUCAGGUUCUGCGCUGUGAACUGACACCUCUGAAAUACAACACAGAGCGCAUCCAUGUUCUUAGUGGGUAUCUGAUGUGUAGCCAUGCAGAAGACCUGCGAGCAAAAGCAGAAUGGGAAGGCAAAGGGACAGCUUCCCGAUCAAAACUAUUGGACAAACUUCAGACCUAUUUACCACCGUCAGUGAUGCUUCCCCCACGGCGUUUACAGACUCUCCUGCGGCAGGCGGUGGAACUUCAAAGGGACCGGUGCCUAUAUCACAAUACCAAACUCGAUAACAACCUAGAUUCUGUGUCUCUCCUUAUAGAUCAUGUUUGUAGUAGGAGGCAGUUCCCCUGUUACACUCAGCAGAUACUCACGGAGCAUUGUAAUGAAGUGUGGUUCUGUAAAUUCUCUAAUGAUGGCACUAAACUAGCAACAGGUUCAAAAGACACAACAGUUAUCAUAUGGCAAGUUGAUCCGGAUACACACCUGCUUAAACUGCUUAAAACAUUAGAAGGACAUGCUUAUGGUGUUUCUUACAUUGCAUGGAGUCCGGAUGACAACUAUCUCGUUGCUUGUGGCCCAGAUGACUGCUCGGAACUUUGGCUUUGGAAUGUACAAACGGGAGAACUACGGACGAAAAUGAGCCAGUCUCAUGAAGACAGUUUAACAAGUGUGGCUUGGAAUCCCGACGGGAAACGCUUUGUGACAGGCGGUCAGCGUGGACAAUUCUAUCAGUGUGACUUGGAUGGGAACCUCCUGGACUCCUGGGAAGGAGUGCGUGUGCAGUGCCUGUGGUGUCUGAGUGACGGGAAGACGGUCCUGGCGUCGGACACGCACCAGCGGAUUCGGGGGUACAACUUCGAGGACCUUACAGAUAGGAACAUAGUACAAGAAGAUCAUCCUAUUAUGUCUUUUACCAUUUCAAAAAAUGGCCGAUUAGCUUUGUUAAAUGUAGCAACUCAGGGAGUUCAUUUAUGGGACUUGCAAGAUAGAGUUUUAGUAAGAAAGUAUCAAGGUGUUACACAAGGGUUUUAUACAAUUCAUUCAUGUUUUGGAGGCCAUAAUGAAGACUUCAUCGCAAGUGGAAGUGAAGAUCACAAGGUUUACAUCUGGCACAAACGUAGUGAACUGCCAAUUGCGGAGCUGACAGGGCACACGCGCACAGUGAACUGUGUGAGCUGGAACCCACAGAUCCCGUUCAUGAUGGCCAGCGCCUCUGACGAUGGCACUGUUAGGAUAUGGGGACCAGCCCCCUUUCUAGACCACCAGAAUGUCGAAGAGGAAUGCAGUAGCAUGGAUAGUUGAUGGCGAGUUUGGAACCCACGACUUCUGUUUAACUUAAAAUUAGUUGUAUUUUAAUGGCUUGGGAUUUGGUGCAAACAAACAUGAUUGAUAGCUGGACAGACAUGCUCGUCAUGAAAAAAGAACCAUUUCUGAAGCCCGACUGGGGCCAAACAUUUCCACCUUGCUUCAUAGUAACCAGUUGAGAUGAAGCACGUCGUAGAGCGUUGUUGGACACCAUGUUGAAUACCCCCCAUCGGUCGUGAAGAACUGUGCUACAUUCAGGCUUCCCCACUGAACUCAGUAUAUAUAUUUUUUUCCCUCCUGCCUUUUGUUUGGCAGGUUACCAUUCUUGUUGCUCUUCUGUGUAAUGAAGUUUAAAUGCUUGUUUGGAAAACUUUAUUUAACAGUUUAGAAGGCUUGAUAGAAAGAGUGCAUUAGUCUGAAGAGUAUACAUUGGAUAGGAAAGAAUUUCCUUUUGUUUCUCCAAAUCUUUCCGCCUUACUUAGCUUGAGAUCUUUGCAGCUUGGUUCAUGGAUUCUAGCCUUGCCCAUUGCGCAGUAUAUACUGAUGCAGAUGACAAACCAGUGAACUAUGUCAAAAGCACUCUCAAUACUACAUUUGACAAAAAGUUUUGUACUUUUCACAUAGCUUGUUGCCCCGUAAAAGGGUUAACAGCACAAUUUUUUAAAAAUAAAUUAAGAAGUAUUUAUAGGAUUAAAGUGACUUCAUUUGUAUACAUUUGGAAUCUAAACCAGCUUAAAACAGCUCCCUCUACAACUUAGAUGUGCAGUAUAACUGAUGCUCUUCGGAAUUCCACAUGAGACAGUCAGAGACAGUGCUUGGAAGGAAAUUCAUAACCACCCUUUAAAGGUUCCCCCUUUUGUUUUCUCUCUCCAGUGAAACUGGUUUCUGAUGUUGAAAUUCAUGCUUCAAAAAGAAUUUUCAAUGUACCAACAUGAGAUCAGUGGUUAAUUUAGGUUUUCAAACAUCUUGUCUCAAGUUCUCAGAUUGGAAAAGUUAUUUUGAUGUGAUCUAGCGAAAGAGUAGAAAUUAGAUACAGACAUUGAUAGCUUACUUGAGACUGUUAAAGGAAUCCAGUAGCUUACAAACAUGCUUAAACUUGGAUGCAAUCCUCCCAGUCCCUUCAUAUUUUGACAUACAGAGAUAGUAAGUUGAAGAAUAGUCCUCCUCAGAUUUUUAGAUGUUGCCAUACUGAGCCUCAUUCUCCACUGGUGCUGUGUGGGUACUUUUCCUCACUGGUUUCCUUCAUGGAAAAGAACUUUAAUUUUGAGAAUUUCACAUUUAAAAUAAGCCAAAAGCCUGAUGUGCACAUUGUAUUUUUAAAACCCAUGACAGCUGAGUGCAGUAUGUUUGGUCUCCUUUGAAACCCUGCUGCUCUUCUGUAGGAGACACCUAGGGUGCCGCAGCUGUCCGGGGAAGAGUGGGGGCACCCCCACAGUAAAUUCUGCGGAAGGACUCUGUGCAGUUCCCCUGGAAGUCUGGCCAAGUCUACAGUAUGGCAGGACUGCUCCUCCAGGAACCACGGAGGAGGGAAGGCUUGGGCCCAGGAAGUCUUACCUUGUGGGUUGAUGGAAGGAUUGGCAGCAAGGAGAAAGGGAAGUCAGGGAAAGAAAAA